UGUUUCACUCUGGGGCAAGGUUGAGCCCUGUAUUUCAAACAAAAGACUGCCAGUUACUAACUUCUGGUUGCUAGGUGUGGCCUCUUUGAAAUUCUAUAAAAUCAGAAGCUCAGGGUUCCACUUCCAGCACAAACCGUUCAGAGAAGAAUCUCUCUUUAGUUCUUUGUACGGAGGUGAAAAAAACAAAAAGAUCCUUCAAAAAUGGCAAUGGUAUCUGAAUUCCUCAAGCAGGCCUGGUUUAUUGAAAAUGAAGAGCAGGAAUACAUUAAAACAGUGAAAGGAUCCAAAGGUGGUCCUGGGUCAGCAGUGAGCCCCUAUCCUACGUUCAAUCCAUCUUCGGAUGUUGAGGCCUUGCACAAAGCAAUCACAGUUAAAGGUGUGGAUGAAGCAACCAUCAUUGAAAUUCUGACUAAGAGAAACAAUGCACAGCGUCAGCAGAUCAAAGCGGCCUAUCUGCAGGAGAAAGGAAAGCCUCUGGAUGAAGUUCUGAAGAAAGCCCUCCUCGGUCACCUUGAGGAAGUUGUUUUGGCUCUAUUGAAAACUCCAGCCCAGUUUGAUGCUGAAGAGCUCCGUGCUGCCAUGAAGGGCCUUGGGACUGAUGAAGACACUCUGAAUGAAAUUCUGGCAUCAAGAACUAACAGAGAAAUCAGAGAAAUUAACAGAGUCUAUAGAGAAGAACUGAAGAGAGAUCUGGCUAAAGACAUCGCCUCAGACACAUCUGGAGAUUAUGAGAAGGCUUUGCUUUCUCUUGCUAAGGGUGACCGAUCUGAGGAGCUUGCUGUAAAUGACGACUUGGCUGAUUCAGAUGCCAGGGCCUUAUAUGAAGCAGGAGAAAGAAGAAAAGGGACAGAUGUGAAUGUGUUCAUUACCAUUCUUACCACCAGGAGCUAUCCCCAUCUUCGCAGAGUGUUUCAGAAAUAUUCCAAGUAUAGUAAGCAUGACAUGAACAAAGUUCUGGACCUGGAGUUGAAAGGUGACAUCGAGAAAUGCCUCACAGUUAUUGUGAAGUGUGCUACAAACAAGCCAAUGUUCUUUGCUGAGAAGCUCCAUCAGGCCAUGAAGGGUGUUGGAACUCGUCAUAAGACACUGAUCAGGAUUAUGGUUUCCCGUUCUGAAAUUGACAUGAAUGACAUCAAAGCAUGCUAUCAGAAGUUAUAUGGCAUCUCUCUCUGUCAAGCCAUCCUGGAUGAAACCAAAGGAGAUUAUGAAAAAAUCCUGGUGGCUCUCUGUGGAAGAGACUAAACAUUCCUUUGAUGAUCUCAAGCUUUUUGAUCAGAAGACUUUUUAAUCAUCUUUUCAUUCCAUAUCAUAGAUUUAAAUAGGAAAGUUUCUUCAAUAGAAAUAUAGUCUAGUAACUUCUUCCUGAAAAAUAGCCUAUAAAUCAUUUUUUGUAUUACAACUCUUUAUAAAUACAAAUUUUUUUUAAAUAUAGUUAUUCCAAACUAUAAAACCCUACAAAGAGGUUGUUCUAGUAACAAUGCCUAAGAAAAAUAUUUAUCUUGCAGAAAAUAAAAUGAUUUUACAGGACA